CCUCCGCCAUGGCCGCGGCCCGCUGCCGGUGCUACUAAGUGGCUACCUGGGUACCCGGUCUCCGCGUCCCUUCUCUGGCUGCUAGGUUCCCCGGUCCGUGGCGCAUGGGUCUCCUCCGAGGUGGCCUCCCAUGCUCUCGGGCCAUGGCGCGCCUGGGCGCUGUGCGUUCCCACUACUGCGCGCUGCUGCUGGCCGCGGCGCUUGCCGUCUGUGCCUUCUACUACCUGGGCUCGGGCCGGGAGACCUUCUCCAGCGCCACCAAGAGGCUGAAGGAGGCCCGCGCCGGGGUCCCCGCCGUGCCCUCUCCGCCCGCCCCGGAACUGGCACGCGGCUCCGUGGCGCCGGUCCUGGGUGCCAAGGCCAAGAGCCUGGAGGGCGGUGGGGCGGUGCCGGUGGACUACCACCUGCUGAUGAUGUUCACCAAGGCGGAACACAAUGCCGCGCUGCAGGCCAAGGCCCGCGUCGCGCUCCGCUCCCUGCUGCGUCUCGCCAAGUUCGAGGCUCACGAGGUGCUUAAUCUGCACUUCGUGAGCGAGGAGGCCAGCCGCGAGGUGGCCAAGGCCCUGCUGCGGGAGCUGCUGCCGCCUGCCGCCGGCUUCAAGUGCAAGUUUCCUGUUCCUUGUGCCCUGCUGCAGGUCGUCUUUCACGAUGUCGCCGUGCUGACGGACAAGCUCUUCCCUGUCGUGGAGGCCAUGCAGAAGCACUUCAGUGCCGGCUCAGGGACCUACUACAGCGAUUCCAUCUUCUUCCUCUCGGUGGCCAUGCACCAGAUCAUGCCCAAAGAGAUCCCGCGGAUAAUUCAGCUGGACCUAGACCUAAAGUACAAGACCAACAUCCGGGAAUUGUUUGAGGAGUUUGACAAUUUCCUGCCAGGCGCCAUCAUUGGCAUCGCAAGAGAGAUGCAGCCAGUGUAUAGGCACACAUUCUGGCAGUUCCGCCAGGAGAACCCCAAGACCCGGGUUGGGGGCCCUCCCCCCGAGGGACUCCCUGGCUUCAACAGUGGGGUGAUGCUGCUGAACCUGGAGGCCAUGCGCCAGUCCCCUCUCUACAGCCACCUGCUGGAGCCGGCGCAGGUGCAGCAGCUGGCCGACAAGUACCACUUCCGAGGCCACCUCGGGGACCAGGACUUCUUCACCAUGAUUGGCAUGGAGCAUCCCGAGCUCUUCCACGUGCUGGACUGUACCUGGAACCGGCAGCUUUGCACCUGGUGGAGGGACCAUGGCUAUAGUGACGUCUUCGAGGCCUACUUCCGGUGCGAGGGCCAUGUCAGGAUCUACCACGGAAACUGCAAUACCCCUAUCCCGGAAGUCUAGGUCCAUUCUCACCUGCCAUGUCCUCGGGCCUCUGGAUCUGGAGGAAGGAAAAGGAUGCGUCUGGCACCAGGCCCCCGGGGGGUGUCUGAUGCCCUUGAGAGACACUGCAGGGACGUCCUUUGUGAUCAGGUGCUGUAGCUCUCCCACCCCGUGGGUCACUGUCCUGAGGCCACCCAGGGACAAGGAGCAGCCUGCACAUUCUGGUGCUUGGGGCCUUUUCCCUCCCGGAGACAGGCAUCGUAAGGACAAACUCUCAGACAUCAUCUGGGGGGCUAGCAAACAGGUGUUUGAAGAGCAAGAAAAAAAGGAAACAGUGUCCUUCGCCUUCGGUCCCCACAGAAUGGAAAUCCUUUUCAGAGCCAGGCUUUCUUGGACCAAACAUAAAUUGAUUUUAAAUUGAUAGGCUUUCAUUUUGUGAGAAAGAACAAACAGUAUGGCUGCGGUUCCCAGUGAGCCAGGGUUUUAACAGCCAGCCCAGAGUGUGAGCAUCCACACAAAUGCCGACCUUCCACACGUGCAUCGCAGGAGACGCCGUGCUCACGUUACCUGCCACAGGUGUAAAGAUGGCUUCCUCUCUGGGGAGGGCCUCCGGCACCAGCAGUGGCCCACGUCAGAAAACUGGUCUCAUGGUUGUAGCCUCCACAGCUCUUACCUCCCCGCUGCACCCCAGCACCUCGUUAUCCCCUAUUCAUCCGAGCCAGCUCCAGGGGACAGACUUCCGGGAAAGCAAAUCCUCCAUCAAAGAGCAGAGGUCGGCCAUCCCCAAGGACCUGCGAUGGAAUUGUCUAGACUGGGAAGGCUCAUUCCAAGGGGAGCCCCGCCUGCUCUGCUGUAACCGUGUGGCUCAGAUGGGCUGUCGCUCUUACACUCAUAAGCAUUCUAGUCUUUGUUUAAAAAAAACGCACCCUCCUGACUUUCUCAUUGCACCAUGUCAGACCCUGGACCUUAGAAGAAAUUAGGAUGUUUCUUAAUGUCUUCGUUUAAUGAGUUCCCCUGUAAGUAAGCUGCGAACAGCAAGCUCCUAGGGGUCCAGUUUGUAGAGUCCAGCUGAACUCCUUGGGGAAGAAAUGUUGUUGGAUUUUCAACUUAUGUUAUUUCAAUUUUAUUUACUUUUUUAUUUCUUCUUGCCAUGAGUGAGAAUAGCUAAUAAAUAAUCUUUGAGA